UUUAAGGCGGAGAGCAAUCCUGGUUUUGAAGGUUGCAAGUCGAGAAAAAAAGGGAGAUCCCUUUGCGGGCGGUGAUCAAGAUGCAGUUUACUGGAGGAAAUCGGAGGAAGCUUAGGUUGGCAGGUGACCAGAGGAAUGCUUGCUACCCUCACAGCCUUCAAUUUUACUUGCAGCCACCUUCUGAAAACAUAUCUUUGAUAGAGUUUGAAAACUUGGCUAUUGCUAGAGUUAAAUUGCUAAAAUCAGUUGAAAAUCUUGGUGUGAGCUAUGUGAAAGGAACCGAGGAAUACCAGAGUAAGUUGGAGGCUGAAAUUCGAAAACUCAAGUUUUCCUUCAGAGAAAACUUAGAAGAUGAAUAUGAACCAAGAAGAAGAGAUCAUAUUUCUCAUUUUAUUUUGCGUCUUGCUUAUUGUCAGUCAGAAGAUCUUAGACGCUGGUUUAUUCAACAAGAAAUGGAUCUCCUUCGAUUUCGAUUCAAUAUUUUACCCAAGGAUAAAGUUCAAAGUUUUUUAAAGGAUAGCCAUUUGCAGUUCGAGGCUAUAAGCGAUGAAGAGAAGCAUCUACGAGAACAGGAGAUUAUGACCUCAUCACCAAGUUUAAGUGGGACUAAGUUAGAGUUGGAGUCAGUUUAUAAGAUCCCUUUUGCUGAUGCUCUGGAUUUGUUCCGAGGAAGGAAAGUCUAUUUGGAAGAUGGCUUUGCUUACGUACCACAUAAGGACAUUGUGGCAAUCAUCCUGAACGAAUUUAGAGCCAAACUCUCCAAGGCUUUGGCAUUAACAGCCAGAUCCUUGCCUGCUGUGCAGUCCGAUGAAAGACUUCAGCCUCUACUUAACCACCUCAGCUUUCUACCAAAUCUUUCCCACCUUGCAUGCGUCAGUUACAUAAAGCCUUGCGGGAAAAUCACCAUCUUCGUCAUGGAGGCCGAAUGCAGUAUGGUCUGUUCCUGAAGGGCAUUGGUUUAACAUUGGAACAGGCGUUGCAGUUCUGGAAGCAAGAAUUUAUCAGGGGAAAGAUGGAUCCA